AGCCCCGGGGGCAGCGCCAGCGCCAGGAAGCCUGCAGAGCAGAAGUAUCCAAAGGAGCCCUCAUCCUUGCAGUGCAUGCAUCUGGCAGUGGUGGCAUGUGGGGACCGGCUGGAGGAGACUCUGAUCAUGCUGAAAUCAGCAGUUCUCUUCAGCAACAACAGGCUCUGCUUCCACAUCUUUGCCGAGGAUUCCCUUAAGCCUGAAUUUGAGAAGAAGUUAAAGGAGUGGCCUUCCUCAUAUACAAAGAAGUUUGAGUCCAACAUUUACCCAAUAACCUUCUCAGUAGGAAAUGCUCAGGAAUGGAAAAAGUUAUUCAAACCAUGUGCUGCCCAGCGCCUGUUUCUUCCGGUGAUUUUGAAGGACGUGGAUUCCCUGCUUUACGUGGACACUGACGUGCUGUUCCUGAGGCCCAUCGAUGACAUCUGGCACCUCCUGAGAGACUUCAACUCCACCCAGCUGGCUGCCAUGGCCCCCGAGCACGAGAUCCCCAAGAUCGGCUGGUACAGCCGCUUCGCCCGUCACCCUUAUUACGGCUCCACCGGUGUCAACUCCGGGGUGAUGCUGAUGAAUUUGACACGGAUCCGCAGCACUCAGUUCAAGAACAGCUUGAUACCAGGUGGCUUGACUUGGGAGGAAAUGUUAUAUCCAUUGUACCAAAAGUACAAAAAUUACAUCACGUGGGGAGACCAGGAUUUGCUAAAUAUAAUUUUUUACUUUAACCCAGAGUGUCUGUACGUGUUCCCCUGCCAGUGGAACUACCGGCCUGACCACUGCAUGUACGGCAGCAACUGCAGGGGGGCGGAGGACGAGGGGGUCUCCAUCCUGCACGGCAACAGAGGCGUCUACCACGAUGACAAGCAGCCCACCUUCAAAGCCCUCUACGAGGUGAUCCGGGAUUUUCCAUUUGAAGACAAUCUCUUCCAGUCCUUGUACUACCCUCUGCAGUCAAAGUUUCUGGAUACAGUGCACACUUUAUGUGGGAGAAUUCCACAAGUAUUUUUGAAGCAAAUUGAGAAAACUAUGAAGAAGGUAUAUGAAAAUCGUGUCAUUGUGUACUUGGGAGCCAAUCACAGAUACUAAAUGUAGCUCUCUUCUUACACAGAAGUUUUAAGUCCUGUACUCCAUUCCAUGAAGGACAUGAAUGAAGAAUAUGAACUCUUUUACUGAAACUCAGAAUUAAAACAUUUCUUUUUCCAAUUUUCUAAUAACCCUUGAAAUUACAAAAAGCAGGAAAUCCUAGAAGCCUACUCAGAUUGUUGCUGAGAACAGCAGGAGAAUCCUUUCUUUGUGGACUACAGCUGUGGGCUGCCUCCCCAGUCCCUUACAGCUGAAGCAUGUGUUCUCUGUCUUGGUAAUGUGAAUUGCAUUAGGCACAAUCCAAGACUGUUGUCUGUGAACAGCACAAACCCAGGUACUGUUGAUCCAUUUUCCUCUUUAAGUGCUAUUCCCUAUACAGUAACAGCAGUGUUCCACUUCCAGACUGUUUUCCAUCCCUAGCUUGGGAGUCAGUGCUGACCCUGACUCCCCUCUCCUGCAUGGAAAUGUAUUCUGCCUGGCACUUCCAUUUCUGGGAUCACAGAACUAUAGAAUUCUAGAAUGGUUUGGGUUGGAAGGGGCCAUCAUGGAUAUCUUGUUCCACAGCCUGCCACAGUACUAGACCAGGGUACUUCAGCCCUGUCCAACCUGGCCUUGAACACUUCCAGAGAUGGGGAAGUUGAGAUCUUUAUGCUGGGAUCAAAAUGAAUAGCCUCAAAGUGGAAGAGGAUACAAAAUGGCUUUGAUGUUUAUUAAAAAUACUUCAUUUAGCUUGAAUUUCCAAAGUAGGAUCAUAAUCUUGUGAUAUGCACAAGAGCUUAUUUAAAUUGCAGUAGCUGAAAGGUGCUUGGGACCAUUCCCUGGGGAACUGGAAGUGAGGACACUCCUACAGAGCAGUGAUCCAAGAGCAGACUCCCAGAGGGCAUUUUCUAGGUGUGAGCCCCAAGGGUGUGUGUAGGAGUGCUUCAAGGAAGCAGCAGAUAAAAUGAUGUUACUUUUCAAGUCUGUUGAGCAGAAAACAUCAGCCAGUACUCGGAACUGCUCAUUUUUGUAUCUAACAGGCAAAGUAGGAGCUGGAUGAGCAGGGUGAGAUAAUGAAGCCUUCCCCUAAUGAAAGGAAAACUGGCACAGAUGGGAUAUACUGUACAUGUAUCAUACAUUUGUUAGAGACAAACGCUUGGGGACUGUGGAUGAGGGAAAGGAUAUGUUCCCAAAGUUAAAAUAGGAUUUCUGAGGAAUUGCAGUUUUGGAUGUUCUCCAUCCAGUCAGGACUAAUUCAGGGUUUCAUAAGAAAACAGACUCCAGGAGUCUCCCUUUUGUCUCAGAAAUUUCUCCCUCCUUGUGUGGCUGUUCCUGAGAGGAGGGAAAACACGACCUUGGUGCCAUCCCAGGCUGCCAGAUAAGAGCCUGUGCACGGGAUGCAGUUCCAAGAAGCUUUUCCCAAACCCUGGAGUGUGGGUGUCUGUGACACAGCCUGGCAGAGAGCAGGGCAGCUGAGCGGGGGAGUGGUGGGACAGGGGAACUGCCGGACCUCACAGCAUGACAGGAACAGAAACCUUGUUUGCACCUCUGCUGCAAAUCACAGUCUGAUUAAACAAUGUGUUCUGACUCCAGCCCUUAUCUGGCAGUGUUAGCCACCUCAGUGCCAAUUGACAUGUGAAGGGCAGAGGCAGCUUGACUGUUGUGAUUGAAAGUCACUUAAACUUGAGCAGAGAUGCCUUUCCAACUUGCCUUAGGAUUUUCUAUUUCAGCUGAAGUUUCUGUUGCCAGUUGAAACGAGUACACUUCUACCUACUGAGAGGUUUGAAAUGUAACCCAAAUGAGCAUUGAAGAUUUCAGAACUAGAAGGCAGAGAAAAGAAGGUAAAGCUGCUGAUUUAAAAAGUUUAAAAUAAUGUAUGACAGGUAAACCUUUAGACCAACAGUUCUGAGAGCUUGUAUAAAGUAUUAGCUUGCUUUUGGUCUUUAUUUUCAAGUAUCAGGGUAAAGCUGACACAGGUCUGACGAGGCUGGUAGAGCUGCAUGCUGGGCAGGCUGAAUUCCUGAUUUCCAUGGUGUCUCCAAGCCACAGAAAGCUGCAGAACAAAGUCUUGCUGCCCAGACAGUUGCAGCCCCAGUGCCGAGGCUCUGGAGGUUCGGAGGCUGUGGUUGUGUAAGCUGUGAUUCAGCAGAACCCUGCAACUACAGGCAUAUUCAAAUGAAGGAGUGGAAUUCAUUCCAAACAAAGGCAUUACUGCAUAUGAACUGAUUAGAGAUUAAAGCAGUGCUUUUUAUGUUCACAGGAGGUGCUACAUUUUGUUUAGGAAGAACUGAGUUAUGUUCUCAACAGCUAUUAAAUAUAUGAAGUAUUUGCUUCAACGUGAAGACUCUUGUUAAUGUAAUAUCAGCUGGCAGGAGGAAUAGGGGAGGUUCCCCCCUGCUGGGCUUUUUCUGAGGAAAAAAGCAAUAAUUUGAGCUCUCCAAAGUGUUCUAAAACAAUUAUGUAACUUGGUUUUUUGUUGUUGUUAGAAUUAUUAAUUUAUAUUUCACUACAGCUUUCAAAACCUUGUUAUAUUUUAGUUUUAACAGUAGUUGGUUGUAAUAUUCAUCUUACUUAGAAACGAGUUUUAAUUCAUUUUGUAUUUCAUACUUGUGGCUAAUUCCAUGUUAAUUAGCCUUCAUUUAUCUUAAUAAUGGGAUGUGUAAAUACAUACAAAGACUUAUGUCCUCAUUUCCCCUUCCUCUCCUGUGUUUUAGUUAUUUCCAAUGGUACAAUGGAUAGAGCUCACCAGCAUUUUGCUUACAGGGGAAACUGGAAACUGCUCUGUGUGUGUGUGUGUGUGCACACCACGAGCAUGUGUGUAAAAAAUGCCCCUUUUCUCUGUCACUGAAUUGCUUGUGGAUUUUUCUUUGACAAGUGCCCUGAUUGUUACAGCUCCCAAGGAGGCUGAGCAGUGCAUUUCUGAGUUGAGGAUGAUCCUUUGGCUUACAAUACAAAUAAAUGAGAUUUUAAGCAAGCUCUGUAAUUUUCUAGGUUUCUUUUAAAUACAAGAUUUUGUGCUGGUCUGGUGGGGAUAGAGUUUUGUAGGUAUGAUGUUACAGUGUGUGUAUACAGGGUUUGACAGCAGUGAACACGGAUAAAUAUUCCUCUUUUACAGUUUUACUGUUGUGAAAGAGUCUGAUAUUGGAUUUAAAGAGACAAAUACAUUUAACUUCCCACAAAGUGCUCGUGUAUCAUGCUGCAGCUCCACUUGUGUUAUGGUGAGCAUAGAUCAGAACCUUUCCUCAAAGGAAACUGGAGUUUUAUCUUUUACUCUUUACUGUUUCUCUAUCACGUUCCUCUCCUUGGAGGUAACUCAGCAUUAUUUCCCCUCCCUCCUUCUUGUAUGCAUUUCUUGACACUCUUGCACGGUCACUGCUGUGCUGUCCUUGCUUGUGACAUCUCUGUGUGACAGAAACUCCUGGGCUGUCUCUUCAGCCAAAUCCUGGUGCUGACACUCUUCCCAGCUGGGUGAUGUACUGGGCUCAGCCUCAGCUCUCUGAAGUGAAAAUAAGAAUAAAACUGUCAUUGACAUGGAUGGGCAAAGGUGGGCCAGCUGUAACACACCAGCCUGUGUGUGUGUGUUCUGGGCAGGCUGGGGGUGUGUGGGGUGUGUCACAUACAGUGACACUGCUCUGUGAUCCAAGGUUUUUCACUUGCAAAUGUGACCCCAGUCAGUAUUCCUGUGGGGAGAAGAGAGAUUUCCCAAGCUGGGAAUAAGUACAACUAACUGAAAGAAAUAAAUCUUGACACUUUAUCAACUGUCAGAGAAUCCUUUCCUCCUCUCCAUCAGGUAUACUAAAAUGUGAUGGUAGGAAGUUGUGAGCACCCCUCCAGAGGUGAGAUGGGAUGGGACAGUCACCAGGAUUGUCCCUGCAGAGGCUGGAAACAUUCCCCCACUGCUCCUGGGACAAGUGCUUGUCUGUGCUGGGAUCAGCCUGCACCUCCUGCUGGGAUGAGAUAAGGAAUUGCUAUCUGAGCUUCAAAAGACAGAACAAUGUUGGGGAAUUUUGCUUUCAUUCUGGAUCAGAAUACAAACCAAACUGUCAACACUUCCUUUGAAAUGAAAAUGGAGACAAAACACCAAAAUGAGAAUCAGCAUUGAAGAUGAACAAAGCAUUUUGUUAAUGUUUUCUUUUGAGGCUGAAUAUUUUGAUUUGACUUUUCCAUUUCUAUAAAUGUACCUUAGUUGUUGCUGUUACUUUGUGAAAACUACAGUAUAGCCCAAAAGUGUGUAAGUAUAGUUUUGGUAAUUAAUACUGAAAUAAUGACACAGAAAUGACACAGCUCUUUAUUUUAAAGACCUAUUCUUGUAGAAGCAUCUUUUCCUGGAUCCUCCUGAAAAUGUUAAUUCUCUCCUGUGAGGAUUUGCACAACAGGUACCUUCUCAGGGUUCACUCCUUCAAGGAGAGAUCUUUCCAUUCUGCUCAGCGCUUCCAAAGGGCACCAGGGUUCCUCACACCUGAGGCCCAGGUGAGAAAAAGGCUGGUUUUAGUCUGGCUGGUCCCAUAGUUUGUGGAGUGAUGUCAGGAAGCUCCUGUCCCAGGGAUAUCCUGGGAGCAAGGUGUGAAAUCCAGCUUGGAAAGAAAACUGCACUGGCCAGUUUGCCAUGGGCUCUUGGAUUAAUAGGAGGCAAUCCCCGGGGACUUGCUGGGGUCAGUGGCUGAGCCAGGUAAAGCCUGGAAUGUUUGUCAGUCACAUCUGACUGUUCCUUGGUUGCUUUGUAUCUCCUAUGGGUAAUCUUUCAAAAGAAACAACUUGCACAAAUACCAUUUUUCUCUUUUUUUAAGGCACCGUGUGUGAGCUGUUCUCGUCUUUCGAUACUCCCAAGCCUUCCAGGUGUUUUAAAAGCACAAUAAAAAUUUUUAGUCAUUUUCUCAGAGGAUAAACAUAAUUUGUCUCGAGGUGGCUGUGGUAUACUUUGAAGAAAAAAAAAACAACUUUCUUUCUCUGGAUGAUUCAGAGAUCCAUGAUUUUUAGUGUCAAGUUAUUGUACCGUAUUCAGGUUUCUGCAGCUAUAAAUUUAAACAAACCAAACAAAAUCUCUGUGCUCCUUUUGUAAAUCCUUUGAUGUGUAUCGAUGUACAAUAUUUUCUGAAGACCUAAGUGAGUCUUGAAAU